AUGUCCCACACUCACAAGAACACCAAUCUGAAGCAGGAGUCCCUACAGACAGGUUUCAAUAAUUGGAGCAACGCUGUUGGUGAUGUGAAGAAAGGGUUAGAACAGCACAAUCGUUGUACGGCACAUAAAGACGCAUAUUCAAAGUGGGUUCAAUAUAGGCAGAAUUGCAACAGUGUGACUGAAAUGUUGAACCCAAGUAGACCAGUGCUUGUGAAACAGCACAGAGAGUAUUUCGCUAUGUUGAUAUCUUAUAUCAGAUACUUCUGUGUUCAAGGACUUGCCUAUCGUCAUGAGGAUGAACACGAUGAUGAAGCUUUAAACCGCGGCAAUUGGGUGGAGUUUAUCCAGGUCACACUGGAAACAAAUAAGGACUUUGCUCAUUUACAAAGCCUUGUCAGAGAACAGAUAGGAAAAGAAAUGCAGCAGUCUGGGAUUUAUUUGUUGAUGUUUGACGAGAGUAAAGAUAACAACGGACAUGAGCAGAUAUCGGUGAAUUUCCGCUAUUGCUUUGAAGGCAGGAUCAAGGAGAGGUUCAUUGGACUCAUCAGAUUGGCUGAUCAAUUCACAGCGGAACAUAUCACCUCACUUCUGCUACCUUUGCUUGAUUGUUUGAAGCAAUGUGGGAUGCUGGUAGGAGUCACUACAGAUGGUGCUAGCGUGCUGGCAGGAAAGUUCAAUGGAGUAGCGGUUAAGCUAAAGGAGCAGUAUCCCUGGAUCAUCCACAUUCAUUGUACAGCUCAUAGGUAG